CGAGAUUAAAUAUGACUUGUGUGCGCCAGCCUCAGCGCCUCAGUUUUCUUCUGGGUCAAGUCCUCGUCUGUACACAAUAUUCAUUGCUUUAUGCCUUUAGACUGUUCACCUGCGAUGUUCAGUUUUUCUUAGUUGUCUGGUAUGCAAUUGUGUCCAUUUUAUUUUUUUCUCUUUACACAUGUUUGCUGUACGGUUCGGCCUCCAUGCCUUCUUUCUUUUAUGCGCACCCGCUGAGCGCUUUGGCCUCCAUGCCUUCUCUUCUGCGUCUGUGUCUGUGGUACGCUUUGGCUUCUCAGCCACCACCUCUUGCAUCCGCUGCAUGCUGUUGCUCUACAGUCUUUUAUCUCUCUUGCGUCCAUGCAUGCUGGAGUUUAUUUCUUUUUCUAUGACUCUGACGUAUAUUUCUAACUAAUUCUCUUAUUAGUUUUGGUUAGGGUGUUUGGUUGGCGUUGAAUAUUCAGUCUUGCAUUGGAUAAGGCAGUUAGCCUUGGUUACCCUUUGCAAGUUGGAUCCCGGAUGUUUAC